AUGAAACUUGAAGUGUUUUCCGCAACCCACUUCGUUCCCAUGGAGGUGUGCAGUCACAGUGAUGCAGAGGGAACUGUCCCCUCUCCCCUAUCCGGGGAUGAGCUGGGCUCAGACGGGGACUGCGUGGCCAACAGUCCAACACCUGCCACCCCGAGCAGCGCCGAUGGCAAGGGGAAGCCCUACACCCGCAGACCCAAGCCACCCUACUCCUACAUAGCACUCAUUGCUAUGGCCAUCCGGGACUCCGGCAGCGGCAAGUUGACUCUAGCCGAGAUCAACAACUACCUGAUGAAUAAAUUCCUGUUCUUCCGUGGCAGCUACACUGGCUGGCGGAACUCGGUGCGCCACAACCUGUCGCUGAAUGACUGUUUCCUCAAGGUGCUCCGGGACCCGUCCAGGCCCUGGGGCAAGGACAAUUACUGGAUGCUGAACCCGAACAGCGAGUAUACCUUCGCCGACGGGGUGUUCCGGCGCAGGAGGAAGCGCAUCACUAAGUGCCGAUCCAGCGUUGGUUCCAAUAAGGACACCAAGACCCCAGACGAGGAGACUCGCUUCUCGAGCACUCCAUCUGCGCCCUCCCGGGAGGAGAGGGUUAUGGGAGCUAAGUUCUCCAGCUCUUCCAGCUCCUUCUCCAUCGAUAGCAUCCUCAGUAAGCCCUUCAUAAGGAGGGAGGAUAGAGACCACACUGAUGCAGACAGUGCAUAUACCAACCCCGGUGCCCACCGGAGCUACUGGCCCGCCGGUGCCCACCACAUGCUGCCCCACACACUGGGCUACCCACCGGUAUCCCCUGCUAUGGCGCACGCACAUGCACAGCAGUUGUACCACCAGGCCAGCUCAGGCGCGUCGCGCAUGUUGCACGCAUUCAGGUGCAGCCUCGCGGAGCAAGCCGAGCACAGCAGGGACCCACUCACAGCUGUCCACAUGACGUCACAGGGCUACAUGCCAAACUCCGAUGCUGCUUUCUCCCGGGUGAAGAUGCACACAGCGCAACGUGGCAGCUGUCAUCCUUUCCAGAUAGACUCAUUGCUCUCCUAA